UGCAGCCCCGGCCUCUGCCGCCCCCCCUGCCCCCCGCUGCCCCCGUCCGGCCCACGCCCAGAGGCCGCCCCGGAGGCCUCCGCCAAACGCCAGGUCUGAACAAAAUUAAGGAGGAGCUUCUACAAUCACAGCAGAUGAAGAUCCACUGGUAAAUCGAUCUGGAUUUUUGGCCUGCCCUCCAAAGAAAAGGAGCGGAAAGAAUGUCGGAGCGGGCCGCGGAUGACGUCAGGGGGGAGCCGCGCCGAGCGGCGGCGGCGGCGGGCGGAGCAGCGGCCGCGGCUGCCCGGCAGCAGCAGCAGCAGCAACAGCAGGCUCCGCAGCCCCAGCGGCAGCCGCCGCCGCCGCCGCCGCGGCGCCUACGGCCGGAGGACGGCGGCCCCGGGGCCGCCUCCACCUCGGCCGCCACCGCAAUGGCGACCGUCGGGGAGCGCCGGCCCCUGCCCAGUCCCGAAGCGAUGCUGGGACAGUCGUGGAAUCUGUGGGUCGAAGCUUCCAAACUUCCUGGGAAAGACGGGACGGAAUUGGACGAAAGUUUCAAGGAGUUUGGGAAAAACCGCGAAGUCAUGGGGCUCUGUCGCGAAGACAUGCCAAUAUUUGGUCUCUGUCCAGCCCACGAUGAUUUCUACUUGGUGGUGUGUAACGACUGUAAUCAGGUUGUCAAACCGCAGGCAUUUCAAUCACAUUAUGAAAGAAGACAUAGCUCAUCCAGCAAGCCUUCUUUGGCCGUUCCUCCCACUUCAGUAUUUCCCUUCUUCCCUUCUCUGUCCAAAAGCAAAGGAGGCAGUGGAAGUGGAAGCAGCCGUUCUUCCAGUGGAGGUGUUCUAAGUGCAUCCUCGUUAAGUUCCAAGUUGUUGAAAUCGCCCAAAGAGAAACUGCAGCUCAGGGGGAACAGGCCAAUGCAUCCCAUUCAGCAAAAUAGAGUCCCCCAUGGUAGAAUCAUGACGCCCUCUGUCAAAGUGGAAAAGAUUCCUCCGAAGAUGGAUGGCACACUACUGAAAUCUGCGGUAGGGCCAGCCUGUCCUGCUGCUGUGAGUUCCUCAGUCAAGCCUGGCCUUAACUGCCCCUCAAUACCAAAGCCAACCUUGCCUUCGCCUGGACAGAUUCUGAAUGGCAAAGGGCUUCCUGCACCGCCUACGCUGGAAAAGAAAUCAGAAGAUAACUCCAAUAACAGGAAAUUUUUAAAUAAGAGAUUAUCAGAAAGGGAGUUUGAUCCUGACAUCCACUGUGGGGUCAUCGAUCUCGACACCAAGAAACCCUGCACCCGAUCUUUGACAUGCAAGACACAUUCCUUAACCCAGCGGAGGGCUGUCCAGGGUAGAAGAAAACGAUUCGAUGUGUUGUUAGCCGAGCACAAAAACAAAACCAGGGAAAAGGAAUCGAUUCGCCAUCCGGACUCUCAGCAACCAACGCAGCCUCUCAGGGACCCGCAUCCCACUCCUCCUAGAACUUCACAGGAGCCACACCAAAACUCUCACGGAGUGAUUCCUUCCGAAUCAAAGCCUUUUGUAGCUAGUAAACCUAAACCUCACACCCCCAGUCUUCCAAGGCCUCCAGGCUGCCCUGCUCAGCAAGGCGGGAGUGCCCCCAUUGACCCUCCUCCAGUCCAUGAAUCUCCACACCCUCCCCUGCCUGCCACUGAGCCAGCUUCUCGGUUAUCCAGUGAGGAGGGAGAAGGCGAUGACAAAGAAGAGUCUGUUGAAAAACUGGACUGUCAUUAUUCAGGUCAUCAUCCUCAGCCAGCAUCUUUUUGCACAUUCGGGAGCCGGCAGAUUGGAAGAGGCUAUUACGUGUUUGACUCCAGGUGGAACCGGCUUCGCUGCGCCCUCAACCUCAUGGUGGAGAAGCAUCUGAACGCGCAGCUGUGGAAGAAGAUCCCGCCAGUGCCCAGUACCGCGUCGGCCGUCUCCACACGUGUUCCUCACCGGACAAACUCUGUGCCGACAUCACACUGUGGGGUCAGCUGCCUGGCAGCAGCCACCAUGUCUCCCUCCCCUGCCCCGCUCUCGUCCUCCUGCAUCUCCCCCAAUAGCAAGUCGGUACCAGCUCAUGGAACCACACUGAACGCACAGCCCGCCGCCUCCGGGGCCGUGGAUCCCGUGUGCAGUCUGCAGUCCAGACAGGUGUCCUCCUCCUCGCCCUCCCCCUGCACGCCCUCCGGCCUGUCCUGCGUGCCCUCCUCCCCCAUGGCCAGGAAACCUCAGAAGUUGAAAUCUAGCAAGUCUUUAAAGCCCAAGGAGUCUUCUGGUAACAGCACUAACUGUCACCACGCGAGUAGCAGUGCCGGCAGCGGCGGCUCAGGAAAGAAACGCAAAAACACUUCCCCGCUGGUAGUCCCCUCCCCCUCCCCCUCUUCUCAUUCCAUGGAGUCUUUUAGGAAAAACUGUGUGGCUCACCCUGGGCCUCCCCACCCUGCGGCGGUAGCCUCUCCCCACGGCGUCGGCCUCAACUGUGUGGCCGGCAAAGCGAACUCAGUGAGCAGCCGGCACGAGCAGCCCGGGCGGGGUGCCCCCGGCGGAAGCCCCGGCGAGUCCAUCAAGAGGAUGAGCGUGAUGGUGAACAGCGGCGACUCCACACUCUCUCUCGGCCCCUUCGUGCACCAGGCUGGCGAGCUGCCCAUCAGCUCUCACGGUGCCUGCUCCCACCCGCACACUCCUCUGGACAAGCUCCUAGGCAAGAAAAGAAAGUGCUCGCCCAGCUCGAGCGGCAUCAACAGCAGCAGCAGCAGGCCCACCAAGGUGGCCAAACUGCCAGCCGUGAACAACAUCCACGUGAAGCACGCAGGCCCGAGCCCGGGGCCGCCAGGACUGGCAAACAGCUCCCUCCUGCAUCAGGUAGGACAGGGCCUGGGAGCCCCGUGGGGAGGCCCGUGGCCCCUCCCUUGAGAUCUUUCGUCAGCUCGGAGAUCUGUGUGGUCGGGUUGGUGGGUUUGCCUAAAAGCCAAUGUCCAGCUUCAUGGGGUCUUUUAAGAAAAGGAUGAGUUGAUGGCCGGACGGAGGUCAAACAGGCUCCUCUCUGCCUGACUCUGUGAUGACUCGGAGGACGCUCCUGGGUGAGGAGGCCACAACAAGUGCAUUUCGGCAGCAAGUGCUGCGGACACCGUCGUGCGUGACGGCAGACCCCUCCCCGAGGCCGGCGGGCCGUGUUUCCCGGAGAGCAGUCCUUCAGUGUGUUUUUCUGAAGAAAGCUGGGCUAAAAUCAAACUGAUCGAGAAAGGGAUGAUUUAAAUUUGAAAGAGACCGUUUAAUAUUUUUCCCAUCAAAGAAUUUCAGAAUUUUAAUUUCCUUGUUAAUUCUCUCCCUAUUUUUUCUCCUCCCUGUUUUCCGAGGAGUCAGGAAAACAACGUUUAUGGUGGGCAGAGCAGAAGGCUAAAACCCUGUUUAAGUUAACAGACUGAAAAGAAAUCUGAACGUGACCCACUUGUAGAGAAGGGCUCCAUUACUGACCAUGGCUUUCUCGGGCGGUACCUUGUCUUUUCUCCACUCUUCCCCCUGCGGCUGUUUCCUCCUGGCCUUCCCUUCUGUGGCCGGUUCCUCCAGCUUCCUUUCUCUCCUGUCCAGGUCCUCUCUCAUCUUGUUAUCUCAUUCAGCAGAAAUACCUCCCGUCCUUGCUUACAAGCAGGAAUUUCAGCGGUGUCCCCCCCAGAGCCCUACUUUAAAAUGUGAGCCUCUUUUUUGUUUUGUUUUGUUUUUUUCCCUUCCUCAUCUUCAAAACUGAACUUAAAUGCCAGGCUAGAAGUUUUUCAGAAAAUACCGAGAAGUUUGUUCAUGUGAUAGAAGUUUCCCUCCAAUAUCUGUGUGAAUUAAUACUCAGUGCCAAAGGAAUGGGGAAAAUAAUUAUGCACAAUUUUAGGUAGCAGCUGCUUCAGUUCUUCUCUCUGAGCCACAAAUACAUAGGGGCUUACUUGUGUGUUGUUUGGGUCUCUUGGAACAAAAGUUCCUGGACAAGUGAAACCUUCUUGAUUUGUAGUUAUUCCUUCUAGUUUAAUGAUAAGCAUGAAGACGCAGUGCAAACACUGUCAGAAUCCAUCCCUUAAUAACUCCCUUCUGGGUGUAGUUUCCUGGUGCACAUGAAUCCCGGGAGGGAUGUCCCACUGCCUCGAGAUGCCCACGCCAGUGUCACUGAGCGCGUCUUCACGCAGACGCCGCUGCGGACCUCACUGCCCACCAGUGUCAGAAGGCGAGGAAGAGGCAGGGCGGGUGCAGCGGACAGUGACAGUGUCUGUGGGGAAUGGGGGAGUGGGAGUCGCGUCUGCACGGAGCGGCUGCUCCCAGAAGCUUGUUACCAAUUUCAAAGAGAAACUGCUGAUCUGGACUUGCGUGAGAAAUCUGACCAUUUUCUAAAGCUCUGUAGUUUUUCCUUUUGUUUUGAUCUGGUGAAGCCCACACGUUUGCCAGCUAAGUUUGGCUCAUGAGCUGCCAGUUUGCCACCUCUGAUUUCCACCGUCUAGGGGGGCGACUGUGUCCCACUAGGACAAACAGCCUAAGUUUGGGUUCUUUUCCUUAAAAGCAGUUUCAUGUUAAGUUUGUAUUUGAGAAAGAUUUCCUCUGCAGUGGCAUACUUUCUGUUAUGCUGCACAAAUUCUAGGGGGGCCCAUGGCUACAGAUCAGAGGAUGGAUGAACCCCCAAGAUGUUGCGUAUUUUUACGUCUGUGAUCAUUUAUCUGCAAGAGGGAUCCUGUAGCUUUCUUCAGACUAUCAAAGGGACCCAUGACUCCAAAAUGCUGCAAAGAAGGCUGCUUCUUAGACCAGUAGGAGCUCACUGUUCUCCACGGAGCCGAUUUUAAAGCAGAGAUAACUGAACUGGUUGGAAUCCCCUCAACAACGGAAUCAGUGGGACCUGCUGGGGAGCUUAGGAGAUGGGGCUGGGUGCGAGCCCAGCCCCCGAGUUGAUUCUUGGGCUCUGCCACCAAGAACCUAAAAAUAGCUCACUGUGGGCCAGUGAAGGCCAGAGUCCCGUCUCCCCGCCUCAGCACUGCCUUGGGUGUGAGUUUUCACACCUGUGUGGUGGCCCAUUUGACCUUGUUCACGUCUCCGUUGACAACCUGGAAUACCUUCAAGGGGACAGCAUCAGUAAAUAGAACCAACAGGCAAACACGUGAGCCUUUUCUCUAAGCUAGAAACCCAGGCUGCGUCUCUUCUGGACAGUUUUCUAAAAGCCAGUCUUGUAGAAGGAUUGUGCCCCGGGGCACAGAAGGCUUUUGAAAGCUAAAGCCAAAUUCUGGAGCUGCCUGCUCCUGGCAUCACCCAGUUGGUUGGAGACGCAGUGACCUCGGGAAUACCUUGUUUAGGAAUCAGGGCGGGGCCGUGUACAGCCGCUUACUUACCUUUCGUUGUCUCCCCACCCCCUCUUUUUUGAAAGCCAAAGGCACGUCCCUGACAGCUGAAAAUAGCACGGGGAGGAAUAAUCUGGACACUUUUGACGACAAGUUACACCUCCACUCAGCACUCUGGACUCCAUGAUGCCUUUGAGUCUGUUUUCCCAACCUCCUGUGGGCCUCGAGGGUAGAAAUCUGCCGGGCUGUUGUUUUAACGAGGAUGUCCCUGAAGCUUUGUCUGUAGCAGUGAGUACUCGUAAAGGACACUGGAUCAAGUCCAGCCACCGAAUUGCUUUUAUCAGUGUUAGAGUGGUCUGGACUACUUGCUACAAUCUGUGAGAAGUUCCUGUCUCGCUGUUGAACCUGCAGUAUUUCACGGAGCCACUCUUGGAGGAGGUUGGCUGGCGAGAGUGUCUUGGCAAGAGCGUGACUGUAGACUUUUCUCCCUCCUCCUCUCCCUGCCUAGUUCUUUCCUCACCCUGUUGUCUGUAGGUCCCUCUCCAGCAGUCAGGCACCUUAACUGGAGACACCUCCCAGGGGCGAGCAGAGCUGCACCCCAAGCAGCCCUCUGGAGAAAGGGGGUCUGCAGCUAGGUUUUUAUAGCAGGUGCCGGGAAUGGAAUAUGGACGUCAGUGAGAGGCACCAUGACAAAAGAGCCUGUGUUUUUGCCCAGCCUUUUGCAAGUAAUUUGGGAUCAGAAGCCGUCAGAAGUUUCUAAUGUACAAACUGGUUUAAAGCCAUUGAUGGCCAGAGAGCAAGUAUUCACCAGUUUAGAGGCUUACUUUUCAUGAUACAAAAGCAAUUGUGUGAUUUUUUUUUUUUUAAGAAAAUGCAAAUGCAAACAAUUUUGAUAAUGGCAAGCCAAAUUCUGGUGGGUGGGGAGGUAGACAGAAAUCACUAUGGGGGAAAAUUUUCCAAGAUUUCCAAAGAGAUUGGAUUUUUUUUUUUAACCUUUGUUUUCAUGUUAAACAGUAUACAGUUAGGUUGGUUGUCCUGCCCAGUCUCCUGUUUUUAAAAAUUGCCUUUGUAACGUGAAAUAGUUGGGAUGCAGCAGACUCUGUCGUUCACAAAGUCAUUGAUAUACUUAAAUGUUUCCAAGGCACUCGGUGCAUUGCCCGCAACCUCUUCUUUGGAUACUGUCCUGGGACUAAGUGUCCGUUUCCGCUUGGAGCGCUCCCCAUAUUGUGUGUGUCUACACACCCCUUCCUGCCACCGCACAUGUUCACGUGGAUGCCGUUGGGGUGGGGAGCAGGCACCCAGGGAGGGGCGUUGGUGACUGUGAACACCUGCCCCUGCGGAGAUGGCGGGAGGCAUGUGUAGUGUCUGCUAGUCACACCUCCUUUCUGGGGAUUUACGCCUGCCAUCUCACGGAGAGUUUCAGAGACCCUCCAGGAUAGUGUUUCUAGUACCCCACCCCAAAAGAAAGAGCUCGAUAGGUUCAGACAUCACUGAUUGAGAAGGUGUCAUUGAAUUUGAGGGGAUGAGCUGGAGCUCUUUAACAGAUGAUUCCACCACCACAGCUCCUGAAAGGAGAACCAGGCACUUUUGCUUAGAAGAACACACAAAGUUGCCGAACACAGGGUAAAUUUCCCAAGGUUCUGAUCGUGGCCCUGGGCAGGGCUGGGACAGAACCAGUCAGUGCAUCCGUUUUCCUUACAAUUCUUGGGUUACAAACUUCAGUUUCAGGGAAUUUUAAGUCAACAACAGGUAGAAUGAAUAAAUACUUGGUUACCAGCCUAAUAAUGUGAAUUGCUACAGAACUAUUCUUAUUAUGUAAGGUAACAAAAACUUUAUUCAGAUACUUUAGCUAUAAAUUGAUGUAAAAUAUUGAUUUUCUUUUUAAAGGAAGGGGAGAACAGUAUCUUGUUCACCUAUUAUGCAAUCAGUCAGUAAAUGUUUUAAAAAUGAUACUGUAAGAGAGCUUGUAGAAGAAGAAAGCACGGAUGGGCCAGUUUGGUGUCGUUAGGAGAGGUCAGUCUGGUUGUUAAUCCCAGGAGAUGGAGAGAAGGAGGUAAGAGGGAAUCAGAACGUACUUAGUUGAUUCCCUGGUGACAAGUGCAAUGGGGUAUGGGGUAGAAUUUAUUUUCAGAGCCAAGGGGACUUGAUGGUUAUAAAGUUGCUUUUAGGGAUGGAAUUUAUAGACAGAUCAUGUUGUUCCGAAAGAUGUGAAUAGGAUCCACGAUAGCAGGUUGAUGCAGAAUAAUGUAGAUAUUUAGAUUAGUGAGUCUUGAUCAUUUGAUUUCUUAGACUGAGGUUUUAAUUGAAAUUUCAUUAUUGUCUCCCGGUAGUACACAGAGCAUCGGGAUUAGGAAAUUAGCCAUUUUGGAUUCUGCCUGCCACAAACAGACCUAAACAGUGCUAUUAAAUUUUAGACUGUUGUUCAAAUAUUGUAUUUUCUCCUACAACUACUUUUUAUUAUGAUGAACAAUUAAGACCAUUUAAAACACGGGAGUACAAGUAUUUUUUUGAAUUAAAUUAACUUGCAAAAACCAAAUUUCCAGUGGUUGGGUUGUUUCUAGACAGACUUUGGUAUCAAUUUAAAACCAAGAUAAUUUUUAUAUUCUUUCCAAUAGAAUUUCAUGACAACUCCUGCAGUUUUCUUAACCUACAAAAGAAAAAAAAAAAAGUGCUGCAAUGAUGAACAAAGAAUUAUACAAAACCUACUUUUGUAUCUUUAUUUUGGAAUUUCUUGUUCUAUUAUAAAUAUGGAAGUAUCCCUAUUUGAGAAGACAUAUUUUGUUAAAAAUGAAUUGUACAUAUUUAAAUAUGUAUUUUUGCACAGGUCUUUUUUUCGGAUAUCCUGUUUUGGUACAAUUGAGAUCAUCUAGUAUUUAUUUAUUAAUUAAUAAAAGUAAAUACCUUUUUAUAAUUUGAAGUGGUUCACUGCCAAGCCAAUAGUUCUAGAACUUGCCUCCUUUACGGUUUAAGGGAUGCCUCUGUUCUGUGAAAGUCUUUUGUCCCUUUCAGUGUCUUGGGAGUGGAUUCAUACAGAUGAAGUGGGCAUUGCUUCUCCCUAGUUGCCUGAUUUCCCAAUAGACUACACAUAAUAAGUGACACACUGCUUUUCUUCUGUUAGUGUUUUAUGUGUGAGAGUGUGCGCGUGCGUGCGCGCAUGUGUGUGUGUGUGCGCGCGCCCUGAGCACAUGUGCGUUAAUAUGUGAUGUGAUUAAAACUAAUGGGGGAAAAAAAAACAAAACUGAAAGUGCCUGAACCUAGUUUUAAGCUUAGACAGAUACUUUAAAAAGACUUGAAUAUUCAGUUGAACUUUUGGAGUUUGCUUUUUCCACCUAAAUAUUGUUACUAAAAUUUUAGGGGAGGAGUUGAAAACCACCAAAUGCUGGUAAUUUUAUAAGGUAUUUUAAAAUUGAGACCUUUUGGUUCACAGGAAUUCAACUGGUGAUGGAUUGCCCGGUGGCACCAAGGGUUACAAAUCUUCUUGUCAGCCAGCAACUUACACAAUGUGUCUGUUUUGUUAUUCACUCAUGAAAUGCAGAGUUUAAAAUAGAAUAUUUAAAAUAUUUUGUAUUCCAAAAAUAUACAGAGUACCUCUGAGAACAUUGAAAAAAAUGUAUAAUUUGAAAAAUGUAACUUAUAAAGGCAGCUGUCUUCUUGCGAGAGUUCUGUUGCCAAGGAAUUUCUUAAUAUCUCCCAUUCUGUCCUGCGGGGGAAAAAGUUGGGCUUUGGAAAAUGAUUGUUAAAAGUUUCAUUGUUUAGCAGAAAAUAAUCAUUUUUACAUUUUGUGCAAAACCUUUUACAUUUUCAGAUCAUUUAAAUGAGCACUACAUACUGUCAGGGUGAAUGUAGGGCCUUGAAAGCAUUUUGCUGUGUUUUUUUGUUUGUUUGUUUGUUUUCUGUUUUUGAGCUUGGUUAUAAAAGCAAUCUCCUGUGUUAAAAAUGUGUGAAUAGGUUGAUCAUUUGUACACAUAAUCAAGAGCAUCUCAGCUGGACUUUGUGUUGGCUGCUGUAUAGAACAUGAACAAAUGUCAAGGGAUAGAAAAUUACUUUGGAUAUUUAAAAGAGAAGAAAUAUAUAGUCUAUUUGUUUUGUAACAAGUUCUGUAAAUAAAAUAAUUUAUACUAUUUAUAAGAAAAAGUUGUGCUUUGCUUUAUGAGAAAUUAGUUUGUGGAGCAAACAUGUUAACGGGCAAUAAAACCAGGAUUUCUCAAUAAACAAGGUUGGCUGCAUGAAAUAUUUUACAUGUUUCUGCCUCGUUGUGAUACUA